CUUGCAACAACGCACGACUUUGUUAUACCCAUUCGAUGCGACUGCUGGAUAUAUAUUCGACUUGCUAGCGUCCCCCGCCACCAUAGUUCGAUUGAUCGUGCGUUGUUUCGCGCUUAGGAAGCCGCCACCGAAAACUCGAGUGUGGCUCUUGACUACCUUUUCCCUCAAAGCUGAGGUGGCUCAGUGCAUUCGAACAAGAAUUUGAGCAGACAAGACAGAUACACCAUGUCUGCCGGAAAUGCGGCAGCACCCGGCUCAUUCGGCACUUCUGCGCUUGUGAAAAAGUCAAAGACGGACGCGAAUCUCAAUGGAGGUGCAGUCGCAGUGACCAAUGGCAGUGCGCGUGAUGGUACACUUAUCAAAGCUGUACCUCGGACAAGUGGCUUGCAGGCUCCUGUCAUGGAGCUAACAGGUCAUUCUGGUGAAGUAUUUGCAACCAGAUUCGACCCGACCGGCCAGUUUAUAGCUUCGGGGUCUAUGGAUAGGAACAUACUCCUUUGGCGGACUUACGGUGAAUGUGAGAAUUACGGCAUAUUGAGCGGGCAUCAGCAAGCAGUUCUCGACCUCCAUUGGUCGCGCGACUCACGACUGCUAUUUUCAGCUUCCGCAGACAAGAACCUGGCAAUGUGGGAUGUAGACACUGGCUCGAGGUUACGAAGAUAUAGGGGUCAUGAGGAAGUCAUCAACUCGAUGGACUUGAGCAAGCGAGGCGAAGAAUUCUUGAUUAGCGGCUCAGAUGAUGGCUCAAUAGGUCUGUGGGACGCACGAUCAAAAGAAGCAGUUGAUGUGAUCGAGACGGAAUUCCCUGUCACAGCUGUUGCGCUUUCGGAGGCAGGAAACGAGUUCUACACUGGUGGCAUUGACAAUGACAUCAAAGUGUGGGAUAUACGGAAAAAAGCAGUUGUGUACUCGCUCAUUGGUCACACUGACACGAUAACAUCGCUGCAAAUAUCACCAGACUCGCAGUACCUACUCUCGAACGCACACGAUUCCACCGUCCGAACAUGGGACAUCAGACCCUUUGCGCCGACUAAUCGACACGUCAGGACCUAUGAUGGUGCGCCAACUGGCAUGGAAAAGAACUUGUUGAAAGCAAGCUGGGACCCCGCAGGCAAGAAGAUCGCGGCGGGGAGUGGCGACCGGAGCGUAACGGUGUGGGACACGAGCAGCGGAAGGAUACUUCAUAAACUCCCCGGACAUAAAGGUGCUGUUAACGACGUACGAUUCCACCCAGGCGAGGAUCCUAUUGUUGUCUCGGGUUCGUCAGACCGAACAAUCCUGCUUGGUGAACUGGGGAACUGAAAACGAACGGCGUGAUCGUUUGGCACACAAAAUAGCGGCGCCGACUGUCCUGUCGAAAGCUCGUCGGCCCAAGAAUGGCUAAGGAACCUAGUUGAGCGAGCAGUGGCCAGGAAGGAAACCACGGCACGCCUGAAAGAUGUUACCGUCCCUUUUGUCGGGCAGAAAUCCAAGUUCAAGAUGUAUGAUGUGCAGGGCCAGUAAAUUCGAGUACACCAGUACUUGGGGGGUGGUGUAGGGACUAGAAGCGAAAAAGGGCCAACCGAUAUACCGAGCUCGUCUUACAAAUGAAACACACAAUUUGCAUA